CUGAUUUGUCACUGAUUGUGUUUGAUGAUUUCCUCUGUUGUGUCUAAUAAGGUAACAGUGAGUGUCAUUGGCAGCUGUGAGUCUCUCUCUCUCUUUAGGGGGCUGACAGGAGCCAGUUUCUUCAGUGUGUUUGAGGGAGCAGACGAGAAACUUGUGCUGACAGAGUCAAACAGAUGGUGUGACAAACAGAAGAAAAUGGAGGGAUGUCUGAUACUCGUUUUACUCUCCUCUAUAAUCACUAUAACCACAUCUGAUUUUGAGGCUGUUAGGUUGGUUGGUGGUAACAGUCCCUGCAGAGGUAGAGUGGAGGUUCUUCAUAAUGGUCAGUGGGGAACAGUGUGUCAUCAAUACUGGGAUAUUGGUGAUGCUGCAGUGGUGUGUAAAGAGAUGGGAUGUGGAAAUGUUGUAAAUGUUCUGUAUAAUGCUUACUUUGGACAAGGAUCAGGACCAAUCUGGAUGGAUGAUGUGUACUGUAGUGGAUCAGAGUCCACACUGAAGAACUGUAGAUCAAAAGGAUGGGGUGUUCAUAACUGUGGUCAUCAACAUGAUGCUGGAGUCAUUUGCUCAGAAACCAUAAACUAUGGACAACUUACAAGACUUGCUGAUGGUCCUCACCUGUGCUCUGGGAGGUUAGAGUUUCUUCGUGGGAACACAUGGUACACAGUGUGUGACGCUGCCUUUGACCAGCAGGAUGCAGAGGUUGUGUGUAGAGAGCUGGACUGUGGGGCUCCUGUACAGGUGCUGGGAGCAGCUGCUUUUGGCAAAGGAGACACUCAGAUGUGGACACAAGAGAUUCAGUGUAGAGGAAAUGAAUCACACAUUCGACGCUGUCCAUCAUCAAUCUUGCAUAAUAUAAACUGCACACAUGACAAUGAUGUGGGACUGAUAUGUUCUGAUUACAUUGAUCUCAGGCUGGUAAACGGCCUGGACAUUUGUUCUGGUCGAGUUGAACGUCAGUACUUAAAUAAAUGGGGCACAGUGUGUGAUGCAUGCUGGGAUAUGAGAGCUGCCAGUGUCCUCUGUAGACAGCUGAAUUGUGGGAUUGCUGUGUCUGUUGUGGGAUCAGACUGGUUUGGAGAGGGAAGUGGUGAAAUCUGGGCUGAUGUGUUUGAUUGUGACAGGAAUGAAACAAAACUCUCAGAAUGUUCCAUCUCUUCAUGGAGUCGAGCUGAAUGUUCUCAUAGACGAGAUGUUGGAGUCAUCUGCUCUAAUUCCUCUCUGACUCUUCAUGAUGGUCUGGUGCGGUUGUCUGGAGAGAGACAGUGUGAGGGGGAGGUGGAAGUUUUCAUCCAUCAGGUCUGGAGGAGAGUUCUGCUGGACUCCUGGAGUCUCACUGAAUCCUCUGUGGUCUGCAGACAGCUGGGCUGUGGCUCUGUGCUGAACUUCUACGGCUCCUCUUCAUCCAGUCCUGAACACAGUCGUGAGUGUGUGACGGGCUUCCAGUGCUCUGGGAGUGAAGCUCAUCUGGGGAACUGCAGCUCUCCACAAACUCUCAACUGCAGCUCCACACAACAGCUGUCAAUCACCUGCCUUGGUCGUGGGUCCAUCAGGCUGGUGGGUUCUGGGGGAGACUGUGCAGGGAGGCUGGAGGUUUUUCACAGCGGCUCAUGGGGGACAGUGUGUGAUGACUCCUGGGAUAUUAAAGAUGCCCAUGUGGUGUGCAGACAGCUGCAGUGUGGAGUGGCCCUCAGUAACCAGCAGGUACCAGCCUGGUUUGGUCCUGGUUCUGGACCCAUAUGGCUGGAUGAGGUGGAGUGUGAGGGGAAUGAGACGUCCCUGUGGAGCUGCUCUUCUCCAGGCUGGGGAAAACAUGACUGUCAACACAAGGAGGAUGUAGGAGUUGUGUGCUCAGAGUUUAAAGAGAUCAGGUUAACUGAGGGCUGUGAAGGGAAUGUGGAGGUUUUCUACAAUGGAUCCUGGGGUAAUGUGUGUUGGAACCAGAUGGACAGAGACACAGCGAGUCUGAUCUGUCAAGAGCUGAACUGUGGAAGAUCUGGUGUUUUGUCUGGUGCUACAUCAAGAGUGGAAUCAGCUCCUAACUGGCUGGAUGAAGUAACAUGUCGACCAUAUGAUUCAAAUCUGUGGCAGUGUCCAUCUUCACCCUGGGGACAGAAUGACUGUGGUGAUGAUGAAGUGGCCAAAAUCACCUGCUCAAAGGAGAAGAAUCAAGAGUCUCCUCGGAGUUAUCUGACAUGUUCUACCUCACCAUCUACUCACCAGAAACAGUGUUCAGAUCAUGUUCCUCUCAGACUGAGUGGAGGGGAGGGCCGGUGCUCUGGGAGGCUGGAGGUGUAUCAUAACGCUGUGUGGGGCUCAGUCUGUGAUGAUCAGUGGGACAUCAGUGAUGCUCAGGUGGUCUGCAGACAGCUGGGUUGUGGAGCAGCACUGAGGGCUGAUGGGAAUUCAGUCUUUGGUGCUGGUGAAGGUGUUGUGUGGCUGAACAGAGUCGAGUGCAGAGGGAAUGAGAUUCACCUGUGGGACUGUCCUCUCUCCCUGAAUAACCACACUGACUGCUCCCUCAAAGAGCAUGCUGGACUCACCUGUGCAGAUUUGCCAGAUUUGUCAGUGUCCACUACUCCUUCCAUAACAACAUCAGCUUCUCCAGUCCGCUCAACAUCAGUCACUCCUCCACGAACUCCUCCAGCAGUGUCCCCUCAGUUCCCCGUCCCCCCAGUGCUUGUGAUUGUACUGGUAGUUGUGCUCUUACUGCUCUUAGUGCCACUGCUUAUACUGAUUCAGCAGAACAGAGUGAUGAGGAGAGCUCUCUCUAAGAGGAGACACAGGACGACGACUGAGGCCGUUUAUGAGGAGAUUCAGCACAGACACAAUCACUUCACUCAGAGGGGGAGUCUCAUCUCUGAAGAACUGCAUUCUGGGUAUGAAAAUACUGAUGAGCUUCUCUCAGAAGAGAUGGUGAAGGAAAUCACACCGGGAUACUAUGAUGAUGUCAUCACUGAUGGACUGAAAGCAGAUCAUGAGACAGUGGACACACCAGAGAAUUAUGAUGAUGUCAUCAUUAUUGGACAGAAUUUUCAAGGUGUAACAGUGGGAGAUCAGGAGGAGUAUGAUGAUGUGAAGAACAGCAAUAAAAAUGAGAGAAACCUGUUGGUGGGAGAUCAGGAGGAGUAUGAUGAUGUGAAGAACAGCAAUAAAAAUGAGAGAGACCUGUUGGAAGAAAUGGAACUUGGCAUUCCUGUCGGUGCUGAAGCUGAAUCUGCUUUUCAUCUCAUAACUGACCAUGAAUACAGCCAACCAAUUCCCGAUCUCUCUCGGAGUGAGAGUCCAGUCCUCCAGUCAGCGUGUGACUCAAACCAAGAUACGCCUGUGAAACCUCAGCAAAAGAAAUCUCGAGGGGACAUUUCGCUGACAGAAUUGCAAGAUAACAUAUUCGUGGCCUUGACAUCUAAAAUCAAGGAGAGUGCAAACAGUCUCGGGAAAAUGAUCACCAAAAACACCGUGAGUAUCGAGGGUCUCAAGAAGUCGAUUGACUUUGUGUUUGAAGAAGUCAAUGCUUUGAAAACCGAAAUGAAAAACUGCAAAUCUACUGUGAAUCUGAAUAAUACCAAGAUCUCUGAGCUUGAGCAAAAACUGAAUGAAGCCGAACGAUAUCAGCGCAGAUGGAAUCUUCGUCUGUACGGAAUCCCUGAACAAUCUGAUGAAAACAUAAAGCUGAAAGUUUCCAACAUCUGUGCUGCAGUUGUUCCCGAUUCAAGUGUGGCGAUUCAAGAUGACAUCGACAUUGUGCAUCGUCUGGGAAAGCUGGACAACAGGCCGAGACCGGUGAUUAUUCGUUUCGCGAAAAGAUCUACGCGGGAUCUGGUGUGGCGGCAGUCAAAACACUCCGAGUACCUCAGGAACCACAAACUGAGAUUCACCGAAGAUUUGACUCAGGCAGACAGGAUGCUAAGGAUGAAACUCUGGCCGUUGGUGGAAGCUGCAAGAAAGGAAGGGAAGAGAGCAUUCUUUGUCGGCGGGCGGGCGUGUUUGAUCUACAGCGAUGGCAACAAAAAUGUUAUUACUGAGGAAAAGGAAAGCUUUGAGGCUCAAGCAGAAACCAGUGCUUUAUCAAAACAAGUUGCCAAUGAUUUAUCCGCUUCAGAUAAUGCCGCAGAAUGUCCAUUAGACCCAAAUGAUUCAGAUGCAGGAAGCAGCUUCUUCAGUAUGCUGUCUCUGGACGUCAUAGAGGACGUCUCUCCCCGCAUCCACCCCAGCCUGCUGAGCCUGGAGGAAAGGGAGAAAAGGAAGAGAGAGAAUCUGGAGAGGAAAGCUUGUGAAGGAAGAGGAAAUGACAGCGACGACAGCCUGUUUUCCCCUCUGACCUCAUAUGUCACUGCAGAAACUGAGCUCAAGACGCUGAUUACAGAGCUGGAGGAGGAUGUAGGAGUCGUGUGGUCAGAGUUUAAAGAGAUCAGGUUAACUGAGGGCUGUAAAGGGAAUGUGGAGGUUUUCUACAAUGGAUCCUGGGAGGGAGUUCAAGAGGAUUAUGAUGAUGUGGUGAGUGUUAGUGAACGUGAAAAACCUGUAGGACUCGCCACAGCUGAUUUAGGAGUCAGGCUGGUUGGAGGUUCUCGCUGCUCUGGAAGGUUAGAGGUGCCUCAGGGGAACACAUGGUACACAGUGUGUGACGCUGCCUUUGACCAGCAGGAUGCAGAGGUUGUGUGUAGAGAGCUGGACUGUGGGGCUCCUGUACAGGUGCUGGGAGCAGCUGCUUUUGACAAAGGAGACGCUCAGAUGUGGACACAAGAGAUUCAGUGCAAAGGAAACGAAUAUCAGUUUGCUCUCUGUCCAGUAUUAUCUUCAAACAGCAAUUGUUCCUAUAACAGUGAUGUUGGACUUGUAUGUUCUGACAUGGUAAGAUUAGUGGGUGGUGGCAACUCCUGUGCUGGUAGAGUUGAGGUUCUUCAUGAUGGUCGUUGGGGAACAGUAGGUGAUUUUGGCUGGGAUGUGGUUGAUGCUGCAGUGGUGUGUAGAGAGCUGGGCUGUGGAGAGGCUGUAGCUGCACCUAAGCAUGCCCACUUUGGCCAGGGGAAAGGACCAGUCUGGACUAUUACUGUGGCAUGUACAGGAGUAGAGUCUGCACUGAAGAACUGUGGAUCACAUGGCUGGGGAAAAUUUAACCUUAAUCAUGCUGAUGAUGCUGGGGUCAUCUGCUCUG